AAGAUCAUGACCUUAGUGGUGGAAGCCAACGCUAUUGGAUACCCAACUCAUGGAUGCAAACUAACAAUCAGAAGCGUCCUCCUCACCCGUCUCUACGGUCUUCAGCUGAAGUGUCGUAUCCCGCUUCGCCGACCGCGGGAAAAUCAAGGCGUAAGCACAAAGAUGAUGCCGCACGUUCCCUUGAACCAGAGGUAUGGAAUGUAACCCCGGAGAAGCGGAAGCCCGUCAAAAGCGAGCACCGAAGAGUCCUUCGAGGUACAUACUCGGAUCCAGGUGCGAGAGCCUCAAUCAGCGCGCGUAGUUACACCCAUCGCAUAGGUAGCAAUGGAGAACCCAUAUUUCCUAGCAUCAAAGAAGCCGAUGAUGAGAGCGAACGCCGGAUCGGCCACAUGGAUAAGCACCAUGUGUCUGUUCCACCCAGAGCUCCUAGAAUCCCAAGACUGCCAACGCCCGACUUCAGCGAUGACGAAGAAAGUGGUCCGUUCUGCCCGUGUUGCAAUGCAGAAGAUGGCCACGAAGUGGGCUGUGAACAAGAAGAAGACACCCAGUCUAAGAUGAAAAGACAGCUGCACGACGCGAAGGCAUACAUGGCACGCAAGAAUUCACGCGCGCACUGAGCCAGAAUGAGCAGCACAUUUUCGUUUGAAAAUCGAGGGAAUUGAGGGAACCUGUGGCGUUAGGGCUGAUAUUAAUUUGGGUCGUUUCUCCUUCUGCCUACUUAAACGGCCUCGGCGGGUAUAGUUUGCAGUUUUCAGGGGUAAUGUGCUUGGUUUCCUGCUUUAUAAGGGCGUCACACAGAACUUCAGGACUCUUAGGAUUUGAAAAGGUAUUUCUCACGAAGGAAAUGAAGCUGGGCUAGGUAGGCAGCUAUGAGUGGGAGGAGUUGGGGGAGUUGGAGGAGGUGAGGUCUGCUUUAGGUGUGAUCAUGGUCAGAAAAGUGGCGCAUGUGGCUGGUGA